CUAGCGUUGCUUUUUUAGGGCUCUUCCCGGUUCCAGCCAGGGUUGGAUCGAUCGAUCGGUUGCUUGGGCUAGCGAAUUGGAGGGGCGAUCUCACUGCCGCAGGCUCGAUUUUUCCGGCGCUGCAAGAUGGGGCUCGAUAUGAGUAAGUUCCAGAGUCUUAGCGAUCACGGCAACGUUCUCGUGAUGAAUUCAAGGCAAGAAUGGCUGGCAAAGCUGGACGAGGCAAAGCGAAGUGGAAAAGUGAUCGUCGUGGACUUUACAGCGACAUGGUGUGGCCCUUGCAAGGCGAUGGCUCCCAUUUUCGUGGAUCUCUCAAAACAGUUUGAGCAGCUCAUCUUUGUCAAGGUCGACGUCGAUGCGCUCAAGGACGUCGCUCAAGACUGGUCCAUCCAAGCAAUGCCGACCUUCAUCUUCAUCAAAGACGGCAAGCUCCUGGACAAGAUCGUUGGCGCAAACAAAUCCGAGCUCCAGCGCAAGGCGGCAAUGUACGCGACCGGAGGAUAAUUGCCAAGCUCCCAAUCGAUCACCAAGCUCCCGAGCUCUCACAUAAAACUCUCUAUUCCAGAUUAUACAUGACAAUGCAUGCACUACACUUUUGAGAAAGUUGCAAUGCUAAGAAGAUGCUUCCUUUGCCCCAAA